AUGGCUGCUCCAGUCGUCCCUGUCACCAGAGUUCCUGCCCUGGACACGCUCGAUCAAUAUGUUGUGGGAAAAGCCGCGGCCGAUAAGGCGGCGAUCAGCCCAUCCGUCGAGCUUACCUGCAGCUCCGACUACUGCGACAUCGCAAAUAGCCUGAUCGAAGGCUACGCCCGUUUUAUCUCUCGUCUAACUGGUUUGGAGGAUGUCGCCUUCUUCGUGUCGCGUCAGUCAAGCAUCGCCAGCGAGUCCGAUCUGUUGCGCGGGGUCGUUUCGGCUUCCGUGCUGGCCGCGGAGGAGGGGCAACAACCACGUUGCGUUUUCCGCGAAGACAGUGAACAACACGCAGAUGAGGGAGAGGUACAGUUUUCUCUGGACUUGGGCUUGUAUGUCGGUCCUGAAAAUGGCGAGCAACAACCCCUUGUUGGAGUUCGAGACAGUGCCUUCACGACAUUCAUUCGACCUACCACCACGAAAGAUACCCUCGAAAUCAGUUUUGCCUAUCCGACACGCCUUAUACCUGAGCCGGCAGUGGAUCAGCUACUAAGAAUUCUUGCCACACAACUGGCAGACUCAACCACUUUCCUUACCUUCGACGCUCCGUCGCCCAAUCCUUCAGUCUUGAAUUUUCCUCCCCUUAUGAUACCCCCUUUGCGAGAGACGGACCAAGUUGAUUUUCCCGAGUCUGGCCAUUCCAAACAAUAUCUUCUCCAUGUCGCUUUCGAGGGCUGGGCCCGUCGAAAACCUGAUGCCAUAGCGCUGGAUUUUGUUCAUUCUUUGCCUUCUGCCACGGCUGCGGCAGAACACAGCCUUCUUACUUAUGCCGCACUUAAUCAAGCAGCCACUAUCCUCGCUGUACAUAUUCGAGCCCUUUUAUUGGCGAAGAAUGCCGCCGACUAUGGACGCAUCAUCCCUGUUUACAUGCCAUCAUGUCCGGAACUUUACAUUACAUAUCUCGCCGUUCUCAAGGCUGGUUUCGCUUUCUCUCCGAUACCCCAGGAUGCACCGGUACAACGGGUUCGUGAUGUCCUAGAAGACAUCGACUGUCCGAUUAUACUUGGCAAUACUCCAGAGCCCGUCUCUGGGCCAUGGUGCGAUGCUAGCGCCGGUUCAACCAUCAAGCAGGUUUGGGUUGACGUAGCGGAGGCCUCAAGAUGGAAGAGCUUGCGUGAUGGUCAGUCCGAGUCCUCGGACCACGGCGAGCCUCUGGAACAGUUAGACAUCGAGCAUGACCAAACUGCGUACCUCCUAUUCACCAGCGGCUCUACUGGAAAGCCGAAGGGUGUUCAGAUCAGUCACCUAGCUGCCGCCUGCUCCAUUGAAGCUCAUGCUACAGAAGUUCCUAUUCCGGGAGAAGAAAUUGACGAUUUCCGCUGGUUUCAAUUCUGUGCUCCAACCUUUGACCCUUCCCUAGCGGAGAUAUUUGUAACCUUGGGUUGCGGUGCCACUCUCUGCUCGGCCGACCGCAGCUUGACGCUAACCGACCUGGAAGCGACCAUCAACGAAGCUAGAGCAACUGUGAUGAUGGCUACGCCUAGCUUGGCUGCCCUUCUUCGGCCGGAACGGCUAACCACGCUCCAAUACCUCUGGUGUAUCGGUGAAAAGCUCAAUAGAACCGUCAUCGAAAACUUCUCCGCAAAACCUGGUACAAAUGGAGGAAUUACUGUAUCCGAGCCCUCGCGGAUGUUGGUCAAUACCUACGGUCCGACUGAAGCAACGAUCGCCUGUACUUACCUGGCACCAUUUGGCCAUUCCCUCCGCUGCUCCAUCAUUGGCCAAGCGCUAGCAACCUGUUCAAUGUUUGUUCUCGACCCCAACAGCCGUGAGCCUCGAGCGGUUCCUGCUGGUCUUGCCGGUGAACUAGCAAUUGGUGGCCCGCAGCUCAGCAAAGGUUAUCUCAACCGUCCGGUAGAAACCGCAAAGGCGUUCGUUGAUAGUGGCGAGUUUGGUCGCUUGUACCGGACUGGUGACAUGGCACGGAUGGUCUGGGACGAGUCUGGUUCCCAGAUCAUUGAAUUCCUUGGUCGUAUCACGUCUGACCAAGUCAAAAUUAGCGGUCGGCGACUCGAACUAGGCGAGAUCGAAUCAGUCCUCGAGACUGUACGCGGUGCCAACGAGGUUGUAGCCGUGGUAUCCAAACGCGAUGCUAAUGUCCAGGGAAGUGAACAGAUCGUCGCAUGCCUCGUUGCAAAUGGCAGCAGUGAAGCGGAGAGAGAGGAUAUUAUCCGGGAGGCACAUCAGAAUUCCGAGAAACAUCUCUCUUCUUACAUGUGUCCGUCUGCUUACGUUUUUCUCGAUGCUCUCCCUCGGUCCAGUGCCGGGAAAGUCGAUCGCAAAGCGGUAACUGCAAGGCUGCAGCAGGGAUCCGGGGGCGAUAUCAGACUAUAUCCUGCACCCAAAUUGAAGCCUGCGGAAACGAAUGGGGUUCAUGAUGACUGGAAUUUCCUUAUUGAUGAAGACCCGCUGUCCAUUCAGCAGCUUAUAGUUGGCCUCAUUGCAGAGGCAACGGAUGAGAGUGUUUCUGCCAUCAAGCCUGGGACCGACCUGUAUUCACUGGGUAUCGAUAGUCUGGGUGCAAUGCGGCUUCUGCAGAAGCUUAGGGACCAUUCUAUAGAAGGUUUAUCGGUUGGUGACGUUCUACAGUCUGGAACCCCCAAAGCAUUGGUCAACGCCGUCGCUCAGCAACGUCAAUCAAACGGUAUCCCCCAGGUCAAUGGCUCGGAUGAGACCCUCCAACACAGUCUUUCAGCCUUUCAAGAUCGGAAUCACACAAUUUGCGCUGAGAGACUGGGCAUGACUCCUGAGAAGAUCCAAAAGGUGCUUCCAACAACCGCGACACAGUCUGGCAUAUUGACUAGUUUCCUGCGCAGCUCAUCUGACGCAGCCUUUGCGACUCGCUCAUACAUCUAUCAUUCUGUUUUACCACUCGAACCGGGAGUGGACAUAGAUCGUAUCAAAGCUGCGUGGGAAACCGUCAUUGCAAGCUACGACUCCUUCCGGACAGUUUUCUGCUGGCUUGAUGACGAUAUGGCACCAUUUGCUCAGUGCAUCCUCGCUCCCACAGCAGUCUCAGGGACGAGGUGGAAUACCUAUCAUUCCACGAAGCAGUCUUCAGACGAAAACGUGUUGCAGCAGGCCCUCCAAGAAGCAGAGGAGUCAAUUGAGCUAGGCACACCACCUUGGAGGUUAUCUCUGGUAACAUCUCCGGCAUCUACUCGAAUAAUCUUGAGCAUGUUUCAUGGUAUAUUCGAUGGCGGAUCAUUACAGCUCUUGCUCGAGGACGUGUCUUCCGUGUACUCAGGGAACAUGCCAGCACAGCGCGUUUCUCUCGAGCAUCUUGUGAAGCAUCAUUUCCAGGCUGACCAUGCAGCAACCGCCAAAUUCUGGGGGCAGCAUCUGGAAAGCUAUUCUCCUGUCUGGUUCCCAUCUGUCACGCCUUACCGUACCCCGCCAACAAAGAAAACUGGAUGUGUGGAAAUCACGGCUCGCACAAGCUACGACCGCUUGAAACGAGAGUCUAAGCUCAUCGGCUCAACACCGCUUUCAGUGCUCCAAGCUGCUUGGGGGUCGGUCCUCCUGGCUUACACUGGAACUCCAGCUCAGGACGUAGUUAUGGGCAGUGUCGUAUCUGGUAGGCUUGACGUGGACUCAGAAGCCUGCGUUGGUCCGACAUUUACCACUGUCCCGAUCAGGCUUUCCCUGAGCCAAAUCCAACAAGACUCCCAGAAGUCGUGGACAAACCGCUCGGUCGCGCGCCAUCUGACAACUUUUAAUGCACAGACACUAUCUCACCUACAACCUCGGCUAGGAUCGCUAGUAACGGCGGAUGGCCGGCUUCCAUACGAUACCCUCAUCGCCUACCAAGACUUCAACGCUGGCUCCAGUGUUAGUGGUCUCUGGAGCUCAGUCGACCAUCCGGCCAUGGCGAACGAUUUUGCUGUUAUGAUCGAGAUAUGGCCCGCUGCUAAUUCAUCUCUGACAUUCCGGGCUAGUUUCAACGACGCUCUGCUUGAUCGUAACUCCGCCGAAAUGAUGCUCUGGCAGAUGUCUGACAUUGUCGCUUACAUACUAGAGCAGCCCGAUGAGAGCUUCCAAGAUGCCCCAUCUCAUACGGAGACUGGGCUAAAGUCGAGCUUCAACUCCAAGCCGUCUAUCGCUCCCGAAGUACUAGACGGUGCACUUCUUCAUUCCCAGUUCGAGGAGCAUGCAGCGUCCCAUCCAGAAGAUCCUGCCUUGAUCUUCAAGUACGACUUAGAUGACGAGAGCAACCCACGAAAUAUCACGUGGUCCUACGCCGGGCUCAACGCUUUGGCCGACAAACUCGCAGAGCAUCUGCUUCAAACUGGCGCACGAGUGGCAAACUCGCCGAUACCUAUUUGUAUCGAGAAGAGCCCGGCCUUGUAUGUUGCCAUUCUUGGCAUUCUCAAAGCUGGCGGUGCUUGGUGCCCGAUUGAUACGCUCUCUCCUACACAACGUCGCCACGACCUCAUUGCACGGACCGGUUCAACAAUCCUUCUGGUCUCUAGUGUAGAUGGAGAGCAGCCAGAUGGUUCAAUUCCCAUUGGUGUCGAGACAAUUGACGUUGGCAAAUUCACCAUCGACGAACCCAUCUAUGCGAACGGAGUGGUACGGCGCGCGUCUAGGGACCGGGCUACUCCUGAUGGCAUGGCGUAUCUCAUCUGGACGAGCGGUACAACAGGAGCACCGAAAGGUGUCCCGAUCAAGCAUUCUUCGGCUGUCUCGAGUAUGAGAUCACUUCAGAAGGAUAUCCCUACUGAUGUAGCUGGCGGGGUACGUUGCUUGCAGUUUUCACAGUACACCUUCGACGUUUCGAUCCAGGACAUCUUCUACACCUGGGGUGUGGGGGGCGUUCUUAUCUCUGCAUCGAGAGAGAUCAUGCUUGGUUCGUUCUCAAAGCUUGCGAACACCACGAAUGCCACACACGCACACCUGACUCCAGCCUUCUCGGCAGGUGUCUCCCGCAAAUCAUGCCCGACACUUCAAGUAAUCACUAUGAUCGGUGAGAAGCUGACGCAACCUGUGGCCGAUGACUGGGGUACCGAUAUGAGAGCAUUCAAUACUUACGGGCCCGCCGAAGUGACAGUGGUUUCCACGAUCAGGGAGUUUGGUAACGAACACAAAAACAUCAAGAGCGCGAACAUUGGCUGGCCGAUGGAUACUGUGUCUGUGUUUGUAACAAACAAGCAGCGGCUCAUCAUGAAGAAUGCUAUAGGCGAGCUGGCGCUGGGCGGACCACAACUUUCUCCUGGUUAUCUGAAUCAAGAGGAUGUCACCAAGGCCAAGUAUGUCUGGAACGAAGAGGUUGGUCAGAUGGUGUACUAUACUGGAGAUUUGGUUCGCAUGCUUGCUGACGGAUCCCUGGAGUACAUCAAUCGUGUUGAUGACUUGGUCAAACUGGGAGGUAUCAGAGUGGAGCUGAGCGAGAUCAGCUUCUCGCUCGGCGAGUGCCAUCCUCUGGUUGAGAAUAUUGAGACGCUUAUUCUCAACCGCCCAGACCGGCCUAAUAAGGUUGUGGUCGCCUUCCUCUCUGCUCCGAAAGCUACACGCACCGAAGACGAGCAGCUCUUGAUGAUCGAUAAGGCGGCACUUGAGAUUGCCCGUGCUGCCAGCGAGAAAGCACAAAGCGUUCUACCUGACCACAUGAUACCGUCUGUAUACCUUGUGGUCUCGCACAUCCCGAGAACAUCAUCCGCCAAGACAGAUCGCAGGGCCUUGGAAGCUGCCUAUGCCGGUGUGGAUAUCGAUAGUUGGGAGAAAGAGAUGAAUCCAGAAAUCAAAUCUUCUGCAGCGGACACCCAGGACCAGCAUACCGCGACCAUAACACACCGGGUAGUAGAAAUGAUUUCUACCUUGGCCAAUAUCUCCCAGUCAAUUAUCACGAAGUCCAGCCGCCUGGGGAGUCUGGGUAUCGACUCUAUUCGCGCAAUCCGGCUUGCCUCUAGACUCAAGGAGGCCGGUCAUCAAUUGUCUGUUGUGGAGGUCCUGAAUUGUGUGACUGUCCAGGAUCUUGUCCAACUGGCCUCCUCAUCUACUGUAGUGGAGAAGCCCACCUUCGAAACGUUCGACGUUAGGGCAUUCCAUGACACCUGGCACACAGCCACAGUCAGCAAAGUACCGGAGGGAUUCAUAACUGUGCGCGCGACCACGAUCCAGGAAAGUCUUCUUAGUGAGACAAUGGGUACAUACAACAGAUAUUGGAGUAAUCAUUUCUUUCUGCUUGACAGCUCGGUGGAUGCGACGCGAAUGAAACAGGCUUGGCUUGCAACGAGCCAGAAGGUGGAGGCUCUGAGAACUGGCUUUAUCCCUGUUGCGGAGGUCGAUGACGGGAAAAGCCGAUCGCAAGGGAAACUUGACUUUUCUAUAUUGCAAAUCAUUUACACGCUACCAGAUGUUGAUUGGGAAUACAUCAACUGUUCAGAGCAGGAUCUGGUGGAGCAUCGCGAAAAUCGGAUUGAGGAGAUCAUGACCAAACACCAGAAGAACUAUUUCAAAUAUCCCCCAUGGGCCGUUACAGUAUUCGACACAGGCAAAAGGCAGCUCAUGAUCCUCACCCUCCAUCAUUCGAUUCAUGACGAACCUUCCCUGGGACUUAUAAUGGAUGAUGUGCGAUCAGCUUAUGCUUAUAAACCUCCUCAGAGACAUCAACUCAGUGAUGCGCUCUCGAUCGUUCUACCAGGAGAAAAUCGGAGCAAGGAGACCAGAAGCUUUUGGAAAACCGAACUCAAGAAAUUUGCAGAGCUUGAUGCGCCAGUGUGGCCCGAUCUCACUGGGAAGAGGUUGCAGCCAGGCGAAGUACCCAAUCAUAUCUUGAUUACAGAAGAGUCGCCUUUAACGGAGCCUGUUGGCAACCUGCAGUCGUUUGCAGCCCAACUUGGGGUCUCAUCCAUUGCCUCGAUUAUUCGAGCCGCAUGGGCCUAUGUUUCGCUGGCUUAUCUUGGUCUUCCAGCGACAGUCUUUGCUGAGACUCUCUCUGACAGAGUCCUGCAUGCUGACCUUGAAGACUGCAUUGGACCCCUCAUCUCCGUUGUACCUAUUCCGUUCCAUCCAAUGGGAAACACUCGUGAGCUACUUACCGAGCAGCAUCGCAUCUCUGUUCAGUCCUGGAAGUAUCGCCAUAUCCAUGCUCGCGAGGUCCGAAAGAUUCUCAAGAGACCCAGGGGUGAGGCCUUAUAUCCGGCGGUGUUCAACUUCCACGUUGCGAAAGAAGAGGGUGCAAACGUCACUCAGCCUAACAUUUGGCGCGAACUCGAAGAUGAGGUCGGGCUGCAUGUUGAGCAUCCCAUGGCCAUGAACGUUUUCCAACAUAUGGAUGGCUCUAUAGUCCUCGAGGCAACUGCGGACAGCAGCAUAAUGUGUCGGGCACAGCUGUCACUAUUCAUUCGUCAGAUCGACGGGCUUAUCAGUUCAAUGCUCGCAUCUCCAGACCAGCCCCUUGCAAGUCUAAUCAACCGCUUUCCUUCGCCAUUACGAUCGCUAUCGAAUCAGCCUGUCAGAGAAGAAGUAGUGAAGUCUGUUCGACUGAGCCCUACGCACUGGUUAGAGGUGUAUGCGAAGAAGCACCCUGAAUGGACAGCCGUUGAGGUAGCCAGUGAAAUUUCCUCAAACGGGAUUGUGAAGGAAGCCAUGACCUUCGGUACAUUAAACUCUGAAGCAAACCGUGUUGCGGCCUACCUGGCAUCUCUUGGUCAUAAGAACAGGAUGAUCGGAGUCUGCAUUGGGCGAAACCUGCCCUCUUAUCCCAUCAUAAUCGGUAUCUUCAAGUCAGGAAAUGCUUACCUUCCAAUCGAAGAAAACCUUCCGGAGGAUCGCAAAGCUUUUCUCAUCAAGGAUAGUGAUUGUCCUAUUGUUUUCACCGAAACGGCGUUCGUGAGCACGUUCCAAAGUACCCCCGAGGGAUGUCGCGUGAUAACUAUCGACAACCCGGAGCUCUUGGGCUCACUUGCCACUAUGUCAACAGAAGAUCAAGACUAUAACUCCGAUCCCAACGAUCUGGCAUAUCUUUUAUUUACCUCAGGCUCGACAGGGAAACCGAAGGGUGUGAUGGUGACCCGAGGCAACCUUUCAUCUUUCAUCGAGUCGAUCUCGGUGUUCACAGGCCGGUAUGCCCCCGCUACGUAUGAUCUGGGUGGCACUGGAAGAUAUCUCGCGCAGGCCAGUCGAGCUUUUGAUCCCCAUCUGUUGGAAAUGCUCUUCCCAUGGCGCCAUGGGAUGGCUACUGUUACAGCUCCUAGGAUGAUGAUUUUGGAUGACCUUGGGAUAACCUUGUCCAAGUGGGAUAUCACUCAUGCAAGUCUGGUGCCAUCUCUUCUGGAUCAAGCAAAUAUUGCACCAGAGCAAUGUCCCAAGUUGAGAUUCAUGACUGUUGGUGGAGAAAAGAUUUCACAGAAGGUAUUGGACACCUGGGCGGGAACACCACACAUGGCGCUUAUCAACGCAUACGGCCCGACAGAGGUAACCAUCGGCUGCACAUUCGCUCCUGUCGGAAAAGACACAAACUUGCGCAAUAUCGGACCUCCCCUAGCAGCCUGUGUGUCUCAUGUUCUUGUCCCUGGUACCCUUGACUAUGCUCUGAGAGGCCAGGCUGGCGAGCUAUGCUUUUCUGGAGACCUCGUUGGAAGGGGCUAUCUCAACAGACCAGAUGCCACUGGCUUCAUCACCGGACCUAAUGGUGAAAAAAUGUACCGGACUGGUGAUUUGGGACGCAUGAUGCCAGACGACUCGGUCGAGUAUCUUGGGCGUGGCGAUGACCAGACCAAGAUUCGUGGUCAAAGGCUAGAGCUCGGUGAGGUAUCUGAGGUGCUUCGCUCUUCGUCGACUGUUGGCGUUGAUGUUGUCACGACCGUGGCCAAACACCCUGGUCUUUCAAGAGUCCAACUUAUCUCGUUCAUCGCGCGGUCGGAAGCCCGUCAACGUGUGAAGAGCGGGGAUGUCACCUUCGUUAUGUCCGACUUCGCAACGCUGGGCAAGGAACUUCAAGACUCUUGCAAGAGGAAGCUACCGGGCUACAUGGUUCCCGAGCUUAUUCUCCCCAUCACUUAUAUACCUUUGGCACCGAUGUCAGGAAAGGCAAACAUCAAAGAGCUUCAUGGCCUCUUCUCCAGCCUUCCUCUGUCUACUGUCCUUCAAGGUAACAGUUCGGCAAGUAAGGACGGCGUCGUUAUUGAACGGUCUUUGACUGCCGACGAAGAAGCUGUGAUCGAAGAAGUUCUUGAUGUUGUUUCGGCGGAUCCUUCGGUUGUUGGACCCAUGACGAACAUAUUCGAAAUUGGCCUCGAUAGUCUAAGUGCCAUAGGGCUUACGAUUAAGCUCCGGAGAAUUGGGUAUGAAGUCACGGUAGCCAUGGUCAUGGGCAACCCGAUCAUUGAGCAGCUUGCACGCUUACCUAGGGGUUCUUCGGACGCAGAGAGCGCUGUCUCGCAGACACGUCAAGCCUUUCAGAUCAUUGAGUCUCAAUACCGCCAACAACCUUCGCCCGGUGUCAACCCGUCCGAUGUGGACACGCUCUAUGUCAAUCAUAUUGCCUUUAAACUCGAGGCCUGUGUCGAUAGUGAGAGGUUAAAAUCUGCCUGGCAGGCUGUCUCCAAUGACACCGAGAUCCUGAGAACUUCAUUCGCUCCUUUGGACAAGCAAAUGGUGCAAGUGGUCUACACGGUCGAUUCUCAUCAGUUUCCAUGGAAGGAAGAGGAGUAUGAGAGCCUGAACGAAGCUAUUAAGCAUAACAAGGCACAACAGAAGCAGAUCUCUGAGGAAAUCAUUGCAAACAUCUCCACUGUCCCACCAGUGCGGUUCCUCAUAGCCAAAUCCUCGGAAACCAAGGAACCGCUUGCCCUCUUCAUUAACAUUCAUCAUGCGCUCUAUGAUGGAGAAUCUUUCACGAUGCUAAUGGAGGAUGUGGCAGCACGCUAUGCAGACCAACCUAUCCCUCAGAGAGGCUCGCCGUCGGCUUUCGUUGAAUACGUUUAUAGUCAGGAUUCAGAAAAGGCCAAGCAACACUGGGUCCGCUAUCUGGAGGGAUGCCAUCCGACAACUUUCCGUACUGACUUCAAUGCCAUGGAGCCUCCGGUUGUCGUACAUAGAAGCCUUGGUGUGAAGCUUUCUGAACUGGAGCACCGCUCUGCAGCUCUUCAGACCACUGUACCAUCCUUGGUGCAAGCGAUUUUCGCACUCUUGCUGGCUGAUACCGUUGGUGUGUCAGAUGUGACCUAUGGGUUGGUCCUGUCCGGUAGAGCCGUGUCGGUUCCCGGAGCCUCCUCGGUACUUCUGCCUUGCAUCACUACUGUCCCUGGUCGUCUCAAUACCGCUAGCCUGGGUACAGUUGACGAUGUUGUGGCGGAUGUCCAAAAGUCUACGGUGGGGUCGCUUGAUUUCCAGCACACACCCCUAAGACAUAUACAGAGAUGGAUUAAUGCGGAGACACCUCUGUUCGACUGUCUAUUUUCAUAUAUUAGGACUGCUGCGCCACCAGAACACCGCCUGUGGCAGGAACUAGACAGCAAUAUGCCUGCCGAGUAUCCGUUGGCAGUGGAGGUCGAGGCCAACCAUUCCAUGGACACUGUUCAGCUCAACUGCUUCUUUUCAUCUGCUUUCGGCUCCCUAUACAGUGGAAGUGAAUUGAUCGAGAAGAUGGACGCAGUGCUCUCGAGCAUUGCAGCGGGUCAAAGUCUUUCGCUAGACGACUUCAAAGUCUCUCAUUCAGCAGCAUCUGGUUCGCGUCCUGCUGUGCUGUGGGACAACAUUACAUGGUCCACCGCGGAAACCACAAUUCGUGAAUACACGAUGUCUUUUUGCGGAUUGACUUCGGCGGAAGUCACUAAAGGCGCUUCUUUCUUGAGUUUGGGUGUUGAUUCGGUCACGGCAAUUCAAUUUGCGCGUCAGCUACGGGAAGCUGGGCUUCAAGUUUCUUCUGCUGAUAUUAUGCGUUUUUCAUGUGUUGGUGCUUUGGCUCAGCAUGUGGAGCAGAAAUCACGUUCUCAGACCCCGGUUAACGGUGCCAAUGGGCACGAGAAGACAAUUACCGGGAUCCCUAUUGAGACCUACGGCGAAAAUGUCCGACUCCUUGCAGAGGAUGACUCGAUCUCUACAAUGUUCGAAACUACGCCCCUGCAGUCGGGAAUGAUCACGCAGACAAUUGCUUCUAGCGGAAAGGUGUACGUUCACCCGCACAUUAUCAGAUUAAAAGACUCGGUCGAUACUACCCGACUGAAGGAGGCUCUUUUCAGAGUCAUCGAUGCAAAUGAUAUUCUGCGGACAUCCUUCCACCUGAUCGCUGAGCUUGGUUCCUCCUGGAUUGCCGCCGUACACACCAAUCCUCCUUUCCAGUGGGAGGAGCUCACAUUGCCUUCCGGGGCCGAUGUUCUGACUGAAGUCGACUCUCUCUAUGAUUUCAGCGAAGAGGCUUCUUUCGAGGUCCCGCCAAUUCGGUCUGCUCUAGUCAACCAGCCUGAAGGCAAAUUACUGGUUGUUGUUCUGCAUCAUGCUCUGUAUGAUGGUUCUUCCAUCCCCUUCCUGUUUGAGGACCUGGCCGUGUGCUAUGAAGAAAGCAGUCUUCCGAUAAGACCACAGUUCUCAGAGACUGUCCAGCAUCUACCAAGCGGUCAAGAAAAAGCUUGCGAAUUCUGGACAGAAAGACUACUCGGAUAUGAAGCCACUGAACUUCCUGAGCUUCCUCAUCCUGAGUCGUCAGACCGCAUGUUGCUUUCUGAAUGCCGGGUUGACCUUGACUUGUCGGCCAUAGUGGAUGCCUGCAAGGCAAUGGAGGUCACCGUGCAGAGUGUAUCUCUCCUGGCCUAUGCGAAGGUUCUAGCAGGUGUGGUCGGAAAACGUGAUGUCGUCUUUGGACAAGUCCUUGCAGGCCGCUCGUUGCCUGUUGCUGGUGCCGAACGAACCCUCGGGCCAAUGUUCAAUACAGUUGCUCAGAGAGUCUCUUUCGAGCCCAAGUUCCUGAGUAACAAGACCAUGGCCCAGCGCUUACAACAGCAUACAAUUGAUUCGCAGAGCCAUCAGAACGCGCCACUCAGACUUGUGCAGAAUUCUUUCAGGCAGGCUAACAACAGCACAUCAUCCAUGCUUUUCGAUACUCUCUUCGUCUUCCAAAAGAGUGCGGACUUCGCUGGCAGUAUCAUAGAAGAGCAACAGAUUUGGACACCUUAUGAAGCAGAUGACUAUGCCGCGCAGGCAGAAUAUAAGCUCAACGUUGAGGUCGAUCAUACUUGCGAUGGACUUGUGGUACAAGCAACUUGCAAUGGCCGGUACAUCUCCCAGGAAACGCUUGACCAACUGAUGGAAGAAUUCGCCAUUGCGUUCCGUGACAUUAUCGAGCAUCCUACUAGGUGCGCUACCAUCGUGCCACAAGGACUUGGUGAGUUACCGACAAAGCUGUGUGUUGAGCAGUCGCUCGACCCCGGUGUUGAAUCAUCCGAAGCACCAUCCCAUGAGGCCAUCAUCCAGUCUGUGCUCGCUGAGAUCGCUGGAAUCUCUGUGGACAACAUCAAACCAAACACUAGCAUCUUCAAUAUCGGAUUGGACUCUCUCACAGCUAUCCGCAUUGCUUCGAUUUGCCGAUCGAAGGGUUUAAAAAUUGGGGUAGCCGACAUCCUUCAGGGGAACACCCUGCGUGGGAUCAGCCAACGCAUCCAGCCAUUGUCCGAACAGGCAAUCCAACCUCGGGGUUCACUUAUCAAAAAUUACACCGAGGUGGAAACCACUGUGCUCCAACAGCUCAACCUCAGCAAGGACUCUGUCGAAGCCAUUCUACCUUGUCUCGGUGGCCAAUUCUAUCAUUUAGUCAGCUGGUUGAAAUCUGGACGGAAGCUGCUCGAACCUGCCUGGGCAUAUGCCUGCUCCGGGCGCAUCGACAGUACUAAAAUUGAGGAAGCUUGGUUCCAGCUCCGCCAAAGGCAUCCUAUCCUCCGCACCUGCUUCGCAGCUAUAUCCUCGUCGGAAGCAGUACAGAUUGUUCUCAAACAGGCAAUGCGUGGUGCGGGCACAUUCCAGGUUAUCGAGACCUCUACUCCUCUUUCUGAAGCAGCCCAAGCACAAGCAAGAGAAGAGACUCUCCACCCAUCCUCGCUUUUUACGCCUCCCGUCAGACUUCGUCUAUUGAAAGCUAGCGACAGAGAUGGUAUUCUCCUCCUCAUAAACCACGCCGCGUAUGACGCAUGGACCAUGCCAAUGUUCGUUAAAGAGCUAGCAGAGCUCUACAAUGGCCAACGCCCCGUAGCUAACACUGACUUCCCUGCAUUCGUCGACUUCUCAAUGCGCUCUCUCCAGAGCCUCGAUGAAAAGCAAUACUGGAACACUACUCUCGGUGACGCCUCUCCUACCAUCAUCCGCAACACUCGCACCGAAACCCAGCCUACCCCAAACCAGCUCUUCAUCGGUGUCUGGGAAAAGGUCAAGGACCUCUCCCAACUCGAGACAAAAUGCCGAUCCUCCAACGUCAGUCUACAAACCGUCGUCCUCUUCGCCAUAGCCCGCUGCAUCGCACGUCUCACCGACGUCCAAAAUCCAACAAUGGGUCUCUACCAAGCCGGUCGCUCUGCCUCCUUCAACAAUGUCGAGAACCUCUCCGGACCCUGUCUGAACGUUAACCCAUUCACCAUCCCUAAUGCAGACACCAACCCCAUCGACACUGAUCUUCUUACUCAAGUUCGUGCUAUCCAAUCCUCUCUCGCGGACCGCGUCUCCUACGAACAAAGUUCCCUCCGCAACAUCCUCCAAUGGAUCUCACCCGAGAAACCCCUCUUCAACACCUGGGUGAACCUCCUCUGGACGCAGAACACUAUCUCCUCGAAUGCCAAUUCCACAUCAGAUGGUACUGAGGACUUCUUCUCCCCGUUGCGGAUCGGUGUCCCUACAGACUUCAUCCCCGAACAGUCUUUGGCUGAAGAAGUCACUGCCGUGUCGGCACUAGAUACGGAAUUCCUGCCGUCAGAAAAUGUGUUCAUUGAUGUUGGUCCAGAUGCCAAGACGGAUUCUAUCGGGUUUGGUGUUCGAGUUGAAGGGGGAGUCAUGAGUGUCGAGGAGGUGCAUAAGCUUGUUGAUGAAAUUACGGGAGAGAUUGAGAGAAUUAUGGGGAUGAUGGCAUGA